AUGGACGAUGGGAGCUGCCCCCCGAGCCAGAACUGGACGGAGGGGCAGGAUGAGACCCUGCGCUGCUCGGCACGGGGCAACCCUCCGCCCCACCUGGCGUGCACCAAGGGCGAUGAGCCCUUCCCCGUCGGCGUGCCGCACCGCGUCACCCGCGCCCAUGCCGGCACCUACCUCUGCCAGGCCACCAACCCGCUGGGAACAGCUGUCCAGCACGUCACCGUGAGCGUGAGCUAUCAUGACCUUGACAUGGUGCUCCUGGUGGUGGUGCUGCUGGUGGUGGUGGCCGUGCUGCUCGCCGGCGCGGUGGGCUACCGCAUUUACUACCGCAAGAGGAAAAUCCGUCAGUACCGGCUGCAGGAGCGGCAGAGGCGGCUGGAGAUGGAGGCACGGCGGCCGCAGGGACACUCGGAGGAGACGACUGCUCUCAACGGUUCGGUGCCGGAGACUCAGCCGUAGCCCCCCCAGGGAGCC